UUCAGGUACCAUGCAAAGGUGGAUUUGCCAGUUAUACAUUGGAAUGUGCUGGUACCGAACGUCUCUGCUUCAGAGUUAGAUUGAAGAAAAAAUAUUUCCAAUUAUAUCGAGUUAAUCCACCAAUGGGAUUCCUGCGACCGGGACAGAAAAAACAAAUUGUUCUGGAACGUCGGCCAGGUAAACCUGGAAAAAUUUUUUUAAUUGUCGAAUAUAUCGUAGCACCAAGUGGUUACGAUCCUCGAAUGCCAUUUGUAGAAGGUGCCGAAGUUGGGCGAGUUAAAAUUCGAAUCAAUGGUAAUGAUUGAUGAUGAAAAAAUAGAACGUGAAAUUGAGGAAUUAUAUAAAAGGAAAGAUGGAUCACAUCCAAUGUUUGAAUAUGAUGAACAUUUGACAGAUAAUGAUGAAGAGGAUGUUGAAGGUAUGAAAAUAGAAGAAAGCAAAGUAAGACGAGCAUAUCAAAAAAUUCAUUCACCAAAAAAACCAUCACUUUCUCAGCCGAAGAAAAAAAUGAUUAUGAUGAAUGUUGGAAGUGGUACUGAUGAUACUCGUGGUAGUAUGACUGUUACUGAUAGUGGUGGUAGCGGUUCUGGUGGUACUAGUGAUGGUGGCGGUUUUGGUGGUGUUAGUGGUGGUGGUGGUGGUGUUGGUGGUGUUGGUGUUAGUGGUGGUGGUGGUGGUGGUGGUAGUAGUAGUAGUGGGGCAGAGCGAAGUGAAACAAUUCAAAAGGAAGUAGAAAAGAUUUGUAAAGAAUUUGAAGCAAUGAAGUCUGAUAUGAUAAAACAGCGACGACAAAUUGAUGAUAAGUUAGAAAAAGCGAUAUCAGAUUUAUCAUAUAUGAAAGUUGUGCUUAUCAUACUAGUUGUGAUAUAUAUCUCUCAUGUGUUACUUAGUCGAGGUUAA